AGCUCGCGUGUGGAGGAAAGCUUCGGUGCUACUCCAGCCCAACAUUCAGCUGACUAUGGAAGUUACGUGACGGAGAGUACACUUAAUUCACGUGUGCUUAUAUCAUCAUAUCAACAAAGAUUUGGGUUAGAGAUUCCGUAUGUACCUGGAGAGCAUGAAAACAGAUCUUUCCAUAGGAGAUGUCCGCUAGAGUGAAGUGGAUCGGACGAUGUGCCAUGAAGUGCAGGGUAAACGCUGCACUUCCCGGAGGGAGUGUAACAAAAAGGACAACGGUACUAGCAUAUCGGCUAAUUUCUUCGGACGAUGGAACGAGGUGAAACCUGUUAACCAAAUAGGAAGCGGCGAAGGGCUUGACGAAAUGCCAAGUACACUCGCCCGUCUAGCGCUACCAUCAGUUCAACCCCACCGAAAAUAUGCAGUCGAAGUACCUGAUGAGCACCGGCACAAUUUCGACCCCGAAAACCCAAAUUUAACUAAAUUUGAAGUAGUGGACGAUCCCGAGGUGUGGAAGUAUGUUGAAAGGAUUUUACCACAAAGAACGAUACCACCCUCCCCAAAAGAAGAAGGGGCGUCCGGCUGGAAACCAGCAAGACUUACUCGAGAGGAGGCAAGAAACCUACCUUACUUCGUAGCACGCACAAAGAACCAUAUGCUCCCAGUUUACCUCAAAGAGGAAGUGAGAGGUCCUCGAUACAUCACCUACGUGUGUAAAGUUCAUGGUGAUCCAUGGGCGUUGCGCAAUGAAUUAAAACUAUAUCUAGAUGAACUGUUCCCACAACAGCAUAUUGUAACAAAAGUAAACGAGCUUACACAGAAAGUCGGUUUCAAGGGAAAAUUUGUUAAUGAAAUUACCGAAUUUUUGCUAAAAAAGGGAUUCUAGAAUAUUAAGAACGGUAGAUCAGUGAUUGUUCCUAUUUAUAUUUUCCGCAAUAGAAGUUAAUCGAGCAUGCUCAAACGCAGAGAUCGAUAAAUAAACUAAAGGAAGAUGGUAAGCAUAUACUGAUAAAUCGGGGAUAGUCUACAUUAUAAAAUAACUGCCGACAAUUAACGACGUUUAAUAAAGUUUAUUUUAUUGUCGUAUAGUAGA